AUGGCGAGCUCUGAUAGAUAUGGCAGCUCCCCUUGGCUCCUGUGUGCCCUGCUGUGUCCUGUGCCUUCUUCUCCAGCCCAGUCCACUGUGAUUGGUCCUGGGGAACCUAUAGUGGCUUUAUUGGGAGAAGAAAUCACAUUGCCCUGUGAUUUAUAUCCUGAAAAGAAUGCAGAGCACAUGGAAAUUAGGUGGUACAGAGUCACUCAGUCCAACAUCACAUAUUUUGGUGGAGAGAAUGUCACUAGAAAGCAGCUGAUAGAAUAUACUGGGAGAAUCAACUUAUUGAAUGAUGACAUCACUAAAGGAAGCAUGGCCUUGAAGAUUCACCAGGUCAGAUUCUCCGAUGAAGGGGAGUACCAAUGUGUUCUUCAAGAUGGCAGUGGCCAACAGGCAGCCACUCUGGAGCUGAAGGUGGCAGCUUGGGGAUCAGAUCCUCAGAUUGAUGUGGAACCUCUGAAGGAUGGAGAAGUUCUGCUCCUGUGCCAAUCAAAUGGGUGGUACCCAAAGCCCCAAGUGGGAUGGAAAGACAUUCAGGGAGAGAGCUUGCUGCCCCUGUCAGAGUCUCACUCUCAGGAUGGAGAAGACCUUUUCCAAGUAGAAACAUCUCUAGUAGUCCAAGCCAAUUCCACCAAAGAUGUGUUUUGUUAUAUUUGGCACCCUCUCUUUGGGAAGCAGAAGACAGUGUCAUUUCCCCCAGGAGAAAAUCAAUCUCAAAAUGAAGAAGAGAAAGAUCCCCCAAAAGUCAUUACAGAUGCAGUACAUAUAACUUUGGACCCAGCCACAGCUCACCCUAUCCUGAUCCUAUCUGAGGACCACAGCCAGGUGACCUAUGGGGAUGCUGAACAGGAUGUCCCUAAAACCAGCCAACGAUUUGACUUUCAGCCCUGUGUGAUGGGCAGGAAGUGCUUCAUCUCUGGAAGACAUUACUGGGAGGUUGAAGUGGGAACUGGGGCAGCCUGGACCCUGGGUGUUUGUAGGGAAGCAGUGAAUAAGAAAGGUUGGAUUGUCCUAUCUCCAGAAGAGGGGUUUUGGACAAUGAGGUUUUAUAAAAAUUGCUAUGAGGUUCUGAGCAGCCCUUUGACCUCUCUCCCUCUGAAAAGACCUGUUAGCCAAGUUGGAAUUUACUUGGACUAUGAGGCUAGAGAGGUUUCAUUUUACAAUGUGACAGAUAGAACACAUAUUUAUACCUUUGCCAAUUGCUCUUUCUCUGGGACUAUCUGUCCCUUUUUCUGGGUCUCUCCUGGUGCUCCCCUCAUCCUCCCCAGGUUGACCAAAGAGAAACUUAGUCUUCUAGAGGUGCCAAGUGAUUUUCACCCAGUGUGUGUCCCAGGAGAUCUGUCCCCAGCUCCUAACUGA